AUGAUGCUCCGGCGUCAUCCGCUCCAACCGGUGAUGGUGCUGCUUCUUCCUCCCAUGACCCUAAAUCUCGUUGGACGUCAAGCAACAACGAUGGUGGAAGCAGUAAGAAUAACAACAACAAUAAUAGCAAUAGCAAGCCGACGACUGGUGGUGGCCAGAAAAACGCCGAUCCGAAACUGCCCAAGCCGAAUCCUUCUCCGGUACCGAACCAAUCCCAUCCGAAUCACCCCAAUCCAACAGCUCAAUCUUCACGCCCCGCGCCAGGUUCUGCUUCUUAUCCAUUCCCAGAUUCGUCGGGACGAGAGAGGUGAGAUGCUGAGGCAAAGACAGCAGUUUAUGCAUUACGCGAAUCCUAAUAAUGAUCAGUCGCUUAUGGCGGGGACGAGUAGUCCGUUCCGGCGAGAUGUUGGAGAAGAUGCCAGAGCAGCUAAGCAUAUGCGGGUAGGGUCAAGUAGACAUGAGCAUGGAGGUCAGGAGCCUAAGCAUUUCCAGGUCAAUGACCAGGCUGCGAUAAAGAAGUCGUUUUUGGAUUUUGUUAAGUGUUAA